AUCGAAUUUGUCUUGUCCAUGUAUGAUGUGUUUCAAAAAUCUGUGACCUCUAAUUAGGCAAAAAGCAAAAGGAUUAAAGUCAGAUACAAAAUGUGUAUAUUUAAAUAUUUUUCUGAGAUACGUGAAUUCAGUAUCUGGUUUGAGUGAUAGGCAUGAAUAACAUCACUCCUUGUUAGAGGCUACUUAUUCAACCUCCCAUGGUAUCUGUCAAAACUCGAAUUAAAUGUACAUGACCUGUAAGACUGUAACCUAUCUAGCAUAGGUUGCUGAUGCUGACCAUCUGACAUUGUUUAUGCCUUUGAUGUUCUAGGCAUUGAUGGGCUUCCUACCUGAUUGUUGACUAAGCUUAUGAGAAUUGAUAAAAGUGCGUGCUCUAGUUUGUACCUGCUGGCUUUAAAAUUGUGCCCUGAAUCUUUUUUUUUUUUUUUGCUUGCUAUCCUUGCAUCUACAGUGGAAAGGUUAACAUUUGAAGAGUUCUUUAAUCAUCCCUUUGUUUCUCAGGGGCAGCCAGAUGAGUUGAGGAGCUGGAGAUUUUCAAGAACAAUGGAUGACAUUCCUUUGUCUGAAAUACAUCCUUUAAGGAACACAGAGGAAAGUUCUCAAGAGGAUUGUCUACCUUUCCUUCUUGAUGAUGAUUCUAGUGGGACCGAGGGGAGUCCUUCCUUUGGGAAGAGGAGGUCCUCAGUGAAGUCUACGUUUGGAUUUUUUACAGAUUCAAGAGAAAAGAGGGAAGCUACAUCUAAUAAUGCUCUUAAUAACUUUGAUCAUACAUCCAAAUAUGGUGGUAUCAGACAUAAAUUGGAAAAUAUUAGUAUUAGGCCUGAAAGCAACAAGUUUUCACGUGAGACUCCACAUGAACCUCAGAAACCCAUGGACCAAAAAUUAGUCAAUACUCGGUUAAGAGUUGGGGACCCACUAGAGAUGAUUGAUCAGGACUAUGUAAUUGUGUCUGGACCGCCCAUGGAUGUGUCAUCUUCAUCUGCAAGUAAUUCCAAGCCAAAUUAUAUACAUAAACUGGGGAGUCCCCCCCUGGCAUCCAUCAGUCGUCCAAUCACAUCAACUCCCCCUAUGCCAAUCAUUGGUGCCACUAACACUAACAUCUAUCACGUUGGAAGCUCAGAAAGUCCAAACUCUGCUCCUGGGACUUCUCAAGGAUCAACGGAUAUGGGGGAUGUUCUGGAACAACCAUUAGCUCACGGCCUGACAAGGAUAAAGUCAUUGAAGCAGUGUGCAUCUGCAAUUAAAGAAUUAGUACAUGAAAAGAUUGAGACUGGCAAACAACUAGAUGCAUUCUCGAUUCAGCUUGUUAUCCUCGCAAUUUGGAAGCGGGCACUGCAUAUUUGCCACACACAGGCUGCCUCAGCUGUAGAAGGAAGUCCAAGUCAAGACAGUGCCAGAUUGAGGAGUGGCAGCAAGAAGCACGGUUCUCCUGAUACAGAAGAAUGUCAGGACGUAGUCAGCGCUGAAGGUCAAGAAAACAUUUUUUCAGAGAUUGAGAGAGAAUUCCUACAGGAAGUUGAGCAAGCUGAAGAACUUGCCAAGGUUAUUGAGCCUGGAAAUACAAAGAUGCCUGAUGCAAUGGAGACAAUAUUCGAAGCUGCCCUUGCUUUGGGCAAACGUGGAGGAGUUGAUGAAAUGAUGGGUAAUAUGGAAACUGCAGCUCUGUCAUAUUCAAAAUCAGUGCGGUUGUUAGUCUUCCUUCUUGUGGAAGCACCAUCCCUCAUUCUCAAUCCUCCAUUCUCUCUCACAAACUCAAACCGGUAUAGACUUAGACAUUACAUUGAAAUCCUUAAUCAUCGUCAAGUUUAUUCAAGAUCUCAAAGAAUGUGACUUCUCAAGUGCAAGGAUCAGCUAUGAAACAUUCUUUUCUUUUUCUUUCUUUUUUCCUGUUUUCUUUUUUUCCUCCCCAGAUUAGAUGACUAGCCGAGUUUUAUUGUUUACUAUAUUUGUUUGUACAGCUAUUCUUUCAGUAAGGAUGUCCACAGGGGUCAAACUGUAUAAAGGAUAGAUGGAUGUUGUAUUAUUCUUAUUCAUGUUUAAUUCACCUGUGAUAGAAUUGUCUGCUUUU